GUAUUAAAAAACAUACUGGAUCUAAAUUUAGUUCAAAAUGGGAAAGGGGCAAAGUAAAGAGAAACAAAAGUUACUUGAUAACCUUACAUGCAAAGAUUGGAAAGCGGUAGAAAAAGAAAAUCAAGAUGCAGUAGAACCCCUAUGUUAUUGGAUAAAAACCUAUAAUUAUAAUGGAAAGCUGUCUACAAGUGCCCUAACAGAAUUACAGAAUAAAAUAAAAAUUAAAUGCAAAAAUAAUGAAAAACAAAUGAGAAAGGAAGGUUAUGCACAGACUCAAGUCUGGGUUAAAAUAGCAAAACAACGUGAGGAAGGAGAAAGACUGGCAAAACAGGAAAGAGAGGAAAGGAAGCGACAAAAUAAAGAGAAAAAAAAAGCAAGUGAAGAAGAGCAAAAGAGAGAAAAAGAGGAAUCAAAAUGGAAAGAAGCAGGACAUGAGAACAUAAUGUUUCACAGAAGGGAAGAUAAUGAAUAUUCUGGUCCCUACUUAGCGUUGCAACAGCAGUUACUGCAGCAACAGGGAGGGGCAGUGGGGAGAAAUGAUAUAGAUGCACCCACUGCUCCACCACCACCAUCACCACCUGGAUAUACACCACGAACACCAAUUGCUACUCGAAGCACUGGUGCAGUGGGUAAACGGUCUGCAACAUUGGGACAUUUAUUAUCUCCAUUACCUAGGGUUAGUCCCAUGACCCUAGAUGAAGGAGGGGAUGUGCAAACUUUUCCCCUCAUUGAACUCCCUAACCCACGAGCAGGCGCAGAAGGCCAAUCAGACACAAUUAGAGUUUAUCGAACUUGGACCCAAGAUGAUGUUAAAAAGGCUGUAGAAGGAAUCCCACACCCUAGAGAGGAUGUGGAUGAGAGUGUGAGGCAGAUGGAGGAUCUUAGGAAAGCCUACCAUCUGAAUGGAAUAGAAGUCCAACAAGCAUGGAUGUGCAAACUUGGCCCUGACUGGUAUCAUGUGAAGGGAGGUUAUAAUCCAUCAACUGCAGUAGGAGUACCUCUUGCUGCUGAUAGCGCAGAGUUAACAACCCAGUUAGUUCCUCUCCUGGAAAGAAUAAAAGGAAAAUAUAAAAAGAGAGCAAACUAUACUGAAAUAGGGAGAUGUAAACAAAAACCAGACGAACCUUUUGAUGAAUAUAGAGUAAGAAUGGCAAAGGUUUUUAAAGUUCACAGUGGACUGGAACCAAGCGAGGAUGAAAAUGGUGCUUAUCAGCAGCAACUAAAAAAUGCACUCCACUCAGGCUCAACACCCGACAUACAUGGCUGGGUGAACCGGCACUACAUAGGAAUGAGUGGGGGCUCGCUUGCAGACUACAUAAAUCAUGCGCUGCAUGCUGAAAAAGUUAUAAAAAGUAAAAAGGGUAAAAAGGACACAGUCAGAGAUGUACUAUCAACAGUCACAGGGCAGGGGAAAAGGCAGAGGCCGAGGUAGAGGAAGAGGUAGAGGACACUUUGGAGCACAAAAUCCUAGAGCAUGUUGGUCCUGCGGUAAAGAAGGACAUCUAGCCAGGGAUUGUAGGGGAGGUCCUCCCCCACAAACUAAAAAUGCAUGACUAGAUCGUGAGACAAACGGGACAGAAUUGGAUCAAAAUUUAAUACAAGAGAAAACCACCUCAGAAGAUGAGGAAAUACUAAAUUUAGAUGACCUAUUCUAUGUUGAAAAAAUAAGACCUGAAAUAACCCUGCUGGUACAAGGCACACCUAUCACGUUUCUUUGUGAUAGUGGAGCUUGCAGGACAACAAUUAGAGAACAAUUACCAUAUGUGAGACCCAGUGGGAAAUGUACCACAGUUCAGGCCGCACAAGGUAAAAUCAAACAAGUAAAUGAAACAGAACCCUUAUGGAUCAGAGAUCCAGAAGGAAAAACAUGUCAGUUAUCAGUUUUGAUGUUACCAGAAUGUCCAGUGAACCUAUUAGGAAGAGAUGGCUUAAUAGCCCUCUGCCUAAGCCUAACACCAACCCCAGAGGGUUUGAGAGUGGUCAGAGGCAAACCUGAGGAAGUCUAUGUAGUACAAGGGACGGGAACACCAAAUUAUUACUACACUUUAGACAUCCCUAACAAACCGCCAACUGCAACAGGGGCAUCGUUAGUGGAUGAAGGCAAACAAUCAAUGCGGAGCCCACAAGAUGUUAUGUCACCAGAUGAAUUACAUGUGACAAUGUGGUAUACUGCAAAGCCAGACACCAAGUACAUGAGUGAACUGAACAGGAUGACCCCAACAAAGAUAACAGUCUCAUAUGUGUACUCAGAUGUAGAAGCAAAUGCAGCAGCUGCAGUAAUAUUGCCAGAAACUGUCAAACCACUGUUCAGACAACUUUCUGGGCCACACAUAUCCUUAUGCAAAGACAAAAAGGAAGAAUGGAAAAACUUAGCAAAACUAGUGGACAGAGGUGAAAGAGCAAGGGAUUGGGUGGUAACCGGCAUGAACACAUGGUAUAGCCAGUCCACUGAAAUGACCAAAAAGGCAUUGUUCUGGACAGUAACUGUCCAGGCUGGAGUACACCUAGACCCAAAACAAAAAUGACACAUCUUUUUCACAAAAGAAGAAGAGGAACUACUUAAACAAGUUCCUGAGAGACUAUGGUCACAAGGACCUACUGAUGUUGGCCUGGUAAAAGGAGCACUUCCUGUUGUGAUAAGACCAAAAACAGAGUACAGACCCAGAGUUAAACAAUAUCCUCUAAAACCAGAUGCAAUGGUGGGAAUAGAACCUGUUAUUGAGGAUUUAAAAAAGGCUGGAGUAUUGAUUGAGUGUGCUGAAUCACCCUGUAACACACCAAUAUUCCCUGUAAAAAAGGCACCCCCAUCUGUGGGAUGGAGGAUGGUUCAAGAUUUACAAGCAGUAAAUAAUGCAGUAAUACAAAGAUCCCCGUGUGUAGCAGAUCCACACACGUUACUAAACUCCUUGAA